UUGGCAGCCAGGAGUCUGGAGCGCAGGUGCCGGGCAGGCAGCACUGGGAGCGCUCGGCGACUUGGCUGGAGGCCGAAGGUGCCGCCCCUGGGGAACCAGAGCGCCUUUGCAAGGUAUUGCUGUCUCUAAGCCAGACCUGAUCACCUGUCUGGAGCAAGAAAAAGAGCCCUGAAAUAUGAAGAGACAUGAGAUGGUGGAUGAACACCCAGUAAUGUGUUCUCAUUUCACCCAAGGCUUUUUGCCAGAGAAGAACAUAGAAGAGUCUUUGCACAAAGUAACACUGAGAAGAUAUGAAAAAUGCGGACAUAAGAAAUUUCUGUUAAAAGAAGGCUAUAAAAGUGUGGAUGAGUGUAAGGUGCACAAAGAAGGUUAUAAUGAACUUAACCAAUGUUUCCCAACUACCCAGAGCAAAAUAUUUCAAUGUGAUAAAUAUGUGAAAGUCUUUCAUAAAUUUUCACAUUUAAAAGCACAUAAGAUAAGACAUACUGAUAAGAAACCUUUCAAAUGUAAAGAAUGUGGCAAAUCAUUUUGCAUGCUGUUACACCUAAUUCAACAUAAAAGAAUUCAUGCUACAGUGAAGUUUUACAAAUGUAAAGAAUGUGGAAAAGUCUAUAACAGAUCCUCAACCUUUACUACACAUAAGAGAAUUCAUACUGGAGAGAAACCUUACAAAUGUGAAGAAUGUGGCAAAGCUUUUAACCAGUCUACAAACCUUACUAGACAUAAGAGAAUUCAUACUGCAGAGAAACCCUACAAAUGUGAAGAAUGUGGCAAAGCUUUUAACCAUCCCUAAAACCUUACUGAACAUAAGAAAAUUCAUAUGCGAGAGAAACCCUACAAAUGUGAAGAAUGUGGCAAAGCUUUUAACCAGUCCUCAAUACUUUCUAAACAUAAGAAAACUCAUACUGGAGAGAAACCCUACAAAUAUAAAGAAUGUGGCAAAGCUUUUAAUCGGUCCUCAAAUCUUACUACACAUAAGAUAAUUCAUACUGGUGAGAAACCCUACAAAUGUGAAGAAUGUGGCAAAGCUUUUCACCAAUCCUCAAAACUUGCUAAACAUAAGAAAAUUCAUACUGGAGAGAAACCCUACAAAUGUGAAGACUGUUGCAGAGCUUUUACAGACUCUGCAACCCUUACUAGACAUAAGAGAAUUCAUACUGGAGAAAAACCAUACAAAUAUGAAGACUGUGCCAAAGCUUUUACAUAUUCUACAACCCUUACUAGACAUAAGAUAAUUCAUACUGGAGAAAAACCAUAUAAAUAUAAAGACUGUGGCAAAGCUCUCAACGAAUCCUCAUUGCUUACUACACACAAGAAAAUUCACACUGGAGAGAAACCAUACAAAUGUGAACAAUGUGGCAAAGCUUUUACAGACUCUGCAACCCUUACUAGACGUAAGAGAAUUCAUACUGGAGAAAAACCAUACAAAUAUGAAGACUGUGGCAAAGCUUUUACCGACUCUGCAAUCCUUACUAGAUGUAAGAGAAUUCAUACUGGAGAAAAACCAUAUAAAUAUGAAGACUGUGGCAAAGCUUUUACAGACUCUGCAACCCUUCCUAAACAUAAGAGAAUUCAUACUGGAGAAAAACCAUACAAAUGUGAAGACUGUGGCAAAGCUUUUAACGAAUCCUCAACACUUACUGCACAUAAGAGAAUUCAUACUGGAGAGACACCUUACAAAUGUGAAGAAUGUGGCAAAGCUUUUAACCAUUCCUCACACCUUACUACACAUAAGAGAAUUCAUACUGGAGAGAAACCAUACAAAUGUGAAGAAUAUGGCAAAGCUUUUAGCCAAUCUUCAUCACUUACUAAACAUAAGAUAAUUUAUACUGGGGAGCAACCUUACAAAUGUGAAGAAUGUGACAAAGCUUUUAACCUAUCUGCAAGCCUUAUUAAGAAUAAGAAAAUUCAUACCAGGGAGAAACUCUACAAAACCAGAAAGUGACAAUGAUUUUGACAACACCUCAAACCUUUUCUAAAUAUAAAAGAAAUUGUACUGGUGACAAAUCCUAGAAAUGUGAAGAAUGUGACAAAACCUUUAAAAGAUUGUCCCACUUAUUUUUAAGUAAGAUAAUUUUUACUGGAGAAAACACCUACAAGAGUGAACAACAUUGUGAAAUUUCUAAUUAAUAGUCACAAGUUAUUGCACAGGAAAGCAUUUAUACUUGAGAAAAAUUGUACAAAUACAAAUAAUGUGAAAUAACCAUUAAUAUCUGCUCACAUCUUACUCAACGUUAGAGAGUUGGUAAAUAAUAAAAGCAUUAUAAAUGCAAUUACUGUAAAAAAAUGUCAGCCUUUAAAGUGAAGAAAAGGCUGGGCACAGUGGCUCAUGCCUGUAAUCCCAGCACUUUGGGAGUGCUCAGGUGGGUAGAUCAUGGGGUCAGUAGUUUGAGACCAACAUGGCCAUAGAAACCCCAUCUCUACUAAAAAUACAAAAAUUUAGCCAGGCAUGUUGGUACACACCUGUAAUCCUAGCUACUAAAGAGGCUGAGGCAGGAGAAUUCCUUGAACCUGGGAGGUGGAGAUUGCAGUGAGCCGAGAUCACACCACUGCACUCCAGCCUGGGUGACAGAGCAAGACUCCAUCUCAUAAAAAAAAGUGAGGAAGAGUAUUCAUCUUGAAGACAAAGAUUACGAACAUAAAGAGGGUUGUAGUACCCUUACUUGUAUCACAGAUUUUAUUGCACACAUUUUGUACUACAAAAAUACCCUGAAGCAGUUUCUCAAACUUGGCUCAACAUCAGGAAAUUUAUGUUGGGAAAAAAAUCUUGCAAAUGGUAAUAAAUUUGGAGAAAUAUUGUUUCAAUAACUAUUUAUUAGAAAACACCAGAAGUUUCAUACUAAAAUAUAUUUUUGCAGAUGCAGUAAAUAGGAAACAAUGUUUAAUCCAAAAUGAAAUCAAUGUAAAUAUCAGAAAAUUCACAGUAGAAAUACCUAAGGCACUGAAGCUAUAGACAUUACACUAAAUCAGAGUGCUAAGUAUAGAAAAUAAUCUAGAACUAAGUUGGCAAAUAAAUUAUUUGUAUGUCACUUUAAAAGAAGUAGAGAAUUUUUAAAAUGUUAUAAUUACAUUACAAGUAUACUUUGGUCCUUAAAAUUAGAUAUUUUAAACAAGAAUAAUGAUGCAAUUCUACUCUCAAAUUACUUCAUGCUCUAUUUUCCUUCCUACUGUAUUCACCUGUGAAAGCAUGUUACUAAUUGCUGCAUCAAAAAUAUAAGAGGUUUUUUUUUAUUAGGUGGGCAUUAUUUAUGACCUUUUCUAUGGAAGAGAAAAGGCAUUAUAAUGUAAGACGUGAUGAAAUUGUAAGUGGAGAGACUCUUUUUAGUUAACACGUAGUAUUAAGUAAUGCAUGAGUUAGAUGUUCAGAGUAAUAUUCUACAUUAUGGUGAUAACAUUUUUAAUUUUAGUUAAUUAAAAUUUAUUAGUAGUAUAUCAUUUUACUAAUAGUACUUUUAUGUAAUAGAAUAUAGUACAUUAUUAAAUUUUUAGAUUAAGUGUGAACUUAUUUUUUUUUGAGACAGAGUUUCCCUCUUGUUGCCCAGGCUGGAGUACAGUGGCACGAUCUUAGCUCACUGUAACCUAUGCCUCCCGGGUUCAAGUAAUUCUCCUGCCUCAGCCUCCUGAGUAGCUGGGAUUACAGGUGCCCGCCACCAUGCUCGGCUAAUUUUUUGUAUUUUUAGUAGAGGCAGGGUUUCCCCAUGUUGGUCAGGCCGGUCUCGAACUCCUCACCUCAGGUGAUCUACCUGCCUCAGCCUCCCAAAGUGCUGGGAUUACAGGCAUAAGCCACCGCGUCCGGCCAUGUGAACUUAAAUUUUUAAAGUUUGUUAAAACCAUUGUGCAUUCAAUAAAGUGUUAUUAUGCCACUAACUUUAAUCUAUUCAACCUUACUCAAGGAUGUAGGUAAAAGAUGGUAACAAUAUACUAUUUGGUAACAUAAUGGACUAACAUUUCUAGUAAUCUCUUCUGCCAGUGACUUUAAAGUGCGAAGAAGUUAAAGAAUAUUGUUUCCAUAGGUUAAAUAUUUACUCGUUUUUUCUUAUUUUAGCUUGUUUGUCUUAAUUUUUAUGAGUACAUAGUAUGUGUAGGUAUUUAUGCUAUAUGUAGCAUAUUUGGAUACAGGAAUAAAAUAGGUAAUAAUCACAUCAGGGUAAAUUAAGUAUCCAUCAUCUCCAGCAUUUAUCCUUUGUAUUAGAAACCAAUUCUACAUUUUUCGAUAUUUUAAAAUGUACAAUUAAAUUGUUAUUCACUACAAGGUCAUGUUUAUGGUCAUAAUAAAAGUUAUGUACAAUUAUAAAUAAAAUCCAUACAUUUCUGAGUCCAGAAUAAACAUUAAAAAUUGUUACAUAUUUUUCUUUGAAUAUAUGACAUCUCUGCCUGCAAACACAUACAGACUUUUAGUUUUGAUUUACAUAGAGUUAAAUAUACACAUACAUUACUCUAAAGAUAAAACCUAAUUUUCUUAGGUUUAAGAAAAUUAUGGAGUAAGUAAGCAUGUUUGAAUGAGUUUGUACCUAUUUUCAGAAGAAAAAAGCAAUAUUGGAAGAAAAUGAAUCAUUUUAAUAAGGUGACUAGAAGACUAAAAACCUCAAAAAUGCUAAAAGCAAAUUGAUACCCUCUGCUUUUUAUUGAAUUGAUUACUGUAAAAUCUUACAGCUAAUGGAUCAGAAUCUCCUUAUGCAAAUUUUUUGUCUUUAUUUGUCUGGUACUCAUGCUAGACCCAUAAUUUUCUUGUUUCUCAUAAUUUUUCCCUUUUAUAGCUUAUGAGAUUUUCAUUAUGUGAGCUGGUCAAGGAUUGUAUGAAUGAUUUUUAUACAAUUUAGUAGUGCACAGAAAAUAAUUUCUAGAUGUAAUUCCACAAUUCGUUUAUUAAGUUAUAUUUUAUUGAGUUAGAAUAUUCCAUUUAGUUCUUUUAACUGGAGAACCCUAUAGAAGCCUACUUUUUUUUAGUUAUUGUUCCUUUCACUUUUUAUAAUUGACAGAAGUAAAAUUGACCUAUUGAUCCAGCCAGUUUGUUCAGGUAAGUACUAGGGAAGUUUCAUAAGUCAUGAGGAUGUUUAUAUAUAUAAAUAUAGCAAACAAACAUGACAGUGUAACUGAUGCUCCAUAGAAAGGCAGAAAUAUUCCCCUGAAAGUUAGUUUCAACUUCAUGUAAGAAAAUAUUAAUGGUGAACAAAUAACUAAUUCUUCAUGUGAAGAGUCAUUUUUUUUUCAGGCUGCAAAGCUGGAUCUUGCUGAAUUUAAAGAGGAAUUUUGCUUCUUUUAUAUUCGAAUUAUCUUUAGUUUUCUUUGUCUAAUUCUGUGUUUUUCAACUAUGUGUGCAUCACAGCCCUUCUUUGUCUUUUUCUGUUUCAUGGCUACAAUUUUCUCAUAAUCAUUUUCAUGCCAUGUCAUUUAGCAUGGUAAUUUGUUGGUUUUGAUAAGAAAGUUGGUAUUUUUAAUUCACUUUAAAAAAUGGUUUUAACUGGAGAGUUUGCUUAUGAAUAUAGCUUUCAAAUGAGUUAAUUAAGAUAAAAGGCACACACUGUUCACAGGUAAGAGAAUUAAAUCAGUUAGCAUCAUUUUUCUCUGUACACAGAAAAUCUCAUUAAAUUCUUACAAAGUUUGGCAAGUAUAAAAUGUGCUAAAAUAUAUAUCUUAGAAUUUAAAUUUUUAAGAGCUAAUAAGUGAAUUGUAAAUUUAAUUUUCUAUGAUAUAGAACAAUGUACAUUUCCAUGCAGAAUCUUUUAUUUUUAAGUGUAAUGUUAAACAUUUCAAAGUAAUAAAGUGACCGCUGUAGAUUUGAAAUUUGGAAUAAUAUUUUUUUGCAUAUUGAUACUACAAUUUGGAGGAAUUUCUCACUCUUAUAUCAGUUUUUUUGGUGGGUGAAGUUUACAGUUUUUAUUCUUAAUCACCUAAUGGUAGACAACUUUUUGGUCAUUUUCUCUGGAAAACAUUUGGAGAUCAUGUCAGAUUUUGGAUUAAAGCUUUUUAAAAUUAUUUCGUAUGCAAACUUGUUUACUGUGUUCUGAGUGGCCAGUCAUGAGACCAUAAGCAACACCUGCCCUCUUAGUGUCUUUUGUACCAUCUGUAAUGAAUAAAUGUAAAUUUAUUCUGUAAAACAUGACAUUUUGAAGUAUGUAUAUACAUUGUCAAAUGCUUAAUUCCGGGUAAUUAAUGCUUUACCUCAUACAGUUAUUUAACACUUUUGUGGUGAGAGCACAUAAUAUUGUCUUAGAAUUUUUUAAAAAAUGCAAAUACAUUAUUAUUAACUACAGUCACUGUGCAGUAGAAGAAAAUUUUUGAACUUAUUUCUCCUCUCCAACUAUAAUUAUGUAUUCUUUGACAGACAUCUUUCCAAACCCCCUUUUCUUCUAAAUACUUUGAUAUCUAUUGAUCAUAAUUUUACUACCUACUUCAAUGAGAUUAAGUUGUUUAGAAGCCAUGUAUAAGUAAAAUGAAAUAAUUAUCUUUUUGUCUCUUAUUUCAAUUAAUAUGUACUCUAGGUCAAUCCAUGUAAUUGAAAAUAAUAAAAUUUGCUUUUUUGUGUGUGUGUGUGAGAUGGAGUCUCACUCUGUUGCCCAGGCUGGAGUGCAGUGGCAUGAUCUAGGCUCACUGCAAGCUCCACCUCCUGGGUUCAUGCCAUUCUCCUGCCUCAGCCUCCCAAGUAGCUAGGACUACAGGUGUCUGCCACCAUGCCCAGCUAAUUUUUAUUGUAUUUUUAGUAGAGACGGGGUUUCACCAUGUUGGCCAGGAUGGUCUAGAUCUCCUGACCUCAUGAUCCGCCCACCUCAGCCUCCCAAAGUGCUGGGAUUACAGGCGUGAACCACCGCGCCCGGCCUAAAAUUUGCUUUUAAAAAGAUGAAUAGUAUUCUCUUGUGUAUAUACACCACAUUUUUGUUUUGUUUUGUUUUGUUUUGUUUUGAGAUGUAGUCUCACUCUGUCAACCAGGCUGGAGUGCAAUGGUGCAAUUUUGGCUCACUGCAACCUCUGCCUCCCAGGUUCAAGCGAUUCUCCUGCCUCAGCCUCCUGAGAAGCUGGGAUUACAGGCGUAUGCCCCCACGCCUGUCUAAUUUUUGUGUUUUUAUUAGAAAUGGGGUUUCACCAAGUUGGUCAGGUUGGUCUCAAACUCCUGACCUCAUGAUCUGCUCACCUCAGCCUCCCAAAGUGCUGGGAUUAUAGGUGAGAACCACUGCACCCAGCCUACCACAUUAUCUUGAUGUACUCAUUAGAUACUGAACAAUUGAUUCUAUAUUUUGACCAUUGUGAAGAGUGUUGCAAACAACACAGAAGUACAAAUGUUUCCUUAUUCUAAUUUUAUUUGUUUGAGAUAUAUAUCCAAUAUUGCAAUUGCUGUAUUGUAGUUUGAUUUUAAACUUUUUCAGGUAUCUGUAUUUUGUUUUUCAUAACGGUUGUCAUUUACGUUCAACCCAGAAUGCGGAAGAAUUUCCUUUUCUUCCCACCUUUGCUAAGACUUUUUUCUUAAUAAGAGUAAUUUUAACAGGUGUGAGUUAUUUCCUAGGGUUUUUUUUUUUUUUUGCUUUCCUUUCCCUGAUAAUAAUUGAUAUUGAGUAAUUUUUUUUUUGAGACGGAGUCUCACUCUGUCACCCAGGCUGGAGUACAAUGGCACGCUUGGCUCACUGCAACCUCUGCCUCCCAGGUUCAAGUGGUUCUCCUGUCUCAGCCUUUGGAGUAGCUGGGAUUACAGGCGCCUGCCACCAAGCCUGGCUAAUUUUUAUAUUUUUAGUAGAGACGGGGUUUCACCAUGUUGGCCAGGCUGGUCUCGAACUGCUGACCUUGAGAUCCACCCGCCUUGGCCUCCCAAAGUGCUGGGAGUACAGGCAUGAGCCACUGUGUGCGGCUGAUAUUGAGCAUUUUUUAAUAUAUCUCUUGGCCACAUGUAUGUCUUUUCUUGAAAAUAUUUACUUAAGACUUUUGCUCAUGUUUAUUUGUUUUUGUUGUAUAGUCAUUUGAGUUUCUUAUAUAUUUUUGACAUUAACUCCUUGUUACCUGUGUGACUUGCAAAUAUUAUCUCCCAUUUUUCAGUUGUCUAAUUUUGGUGAUUGUAUAAGAUUGUGGGCAGCAUUUUAAAAAUUUCAAGUAAUCUAACUCAUCAAUUUUUGUUUGUUUGCUGGAAUUUGAAGAUUAAAUAAAAACAGUCACUGCCUGUUAUGGGGCUUUCACUCAAUUUUUUUGUAGUAAUUUUAGAGUUUCAAGCCUUACUUUUAAGUAUCUAAUUUAUUUAGGGUUGAUUUUUAUAUGUGGUAUGAGAUGCAGAUCUUGUUUUAUUGCUCUAAAUGUAGCUAUAAAGUUUUCUAAACACCAUUUAUUGAGGAUACUGUCCCUAAGAAAUUGUCACCUAUUUAUAUAAUCACCUAUUUAUAUAUAACUGAUAUAAUCAGUUAGCUGUAAAUACAUAGAUAUGUUUUUGCUGUCUCCCUUUUGCUCCAUUAAUCUAUGUGUCCACUUUUAUUCAAGUACCAUACGUUUUUGUUAUUAUAGCUGUGUAGUAUAUUUCAAAGUCAGCUAGGGUGAUACCUUCAGCCUAUUUUUUCUUGACUGUUUUGACUAUUGAAGGUCUUUUUUGGUACUGUAUAAAUUUUAAAUACGUUUUAAAAAUUAUAUUUAGUAUGUUGCUGGUAUUUUUAUAGAGGUUGCAUUAUAUCUGUAGAUCAUUUUGUGUAAUGCAGGUAUUUAACAUUAUUAAAAAUACCAAUUCAUGAAUAAUAAUUUUUCAUUUUGUAUUAGUUUAUUUUAACAUUCCUCAAUUUAUAAUGUAAGGUGUUUCAACUUUUUGUUUAAAUUUAAUUCAAAGUAUAGUUACUAUACUUUAUAACUAAUUCCAGGUAUAGUUAUUAUAGAUGAGAUUGUUUUUUAUUUUAUUUUGAGAUAGUUAACUGUUAGUAUAUUGAAAUUCUACUGACUUUUGUAUGUUGAUUUUAUAUACUGACAGUUCAAUAAAUUGGUUUACUGGUUCUACUGGUUCUCAGUAAAGUGUUAGGCUUUUCUCUACUUAAAAUUAUGUCAUCUGCAAACAGCUAUAAUUUAACUUUUUUUCCAAUCUGGAUGCCUUUGAUUUUAUUUUCUAAUUUUUCUGUCUUGGACAUUUAGUACCAUGCUUAGUAAGACUGAAAAGCUUAAAACAUUUCUGUGUUUAGUAUGUUGUUAACUGUGUAAUUUUUGUUAUAAGCAGCAUUUAUUAACUUGAGGUGCAUUUGUCCUAUACCUAAUUUUUUCAGAGAUUUAUCAUGAGGAAAUGUGACUUUUGUCAAAUUUUUAUUCUGCAUGUAUCUAAAUGUUAUAGAUAUGAAAUCACAAUUUAUCCCACUUAAAUACAAAACAUCUUCGGAGACUACAAUGAACAUCUCUAUGCAUGCAAACUAGAAAAUUUAGAGAAAAUAAAUAUACUCUUGAUAUACAAAACUUCCCAAAAUUGAAUCAGGAAGAAACAAAAAUCUUGGACAGAGCAAAAAUGUAUAAUAAUAUUGAAUUAGUGAUAUAAAACCCACCAACCAUAAACCGCCCUGGAUCAGAUGAAUUUACAGCCAAAUUUUACUACAUAUAAUAAAGAUGAGCUGGUACUAAUCCUACUAAAUGUGUUCCAAAAAUCAAGGUGGAAAUUAUUUCUAACUUAUUAUAUGAAACCAGCAUCAUUCUGAUAACAAAAUCUAGUAAAGAUACAACAAAAAAGACAACUAUAGGCCAAUAUUGUUAGUGAACAUAAAACAAAAAUUCUCCAUUAAAUACUAGCAAGCUGAGUUCAUAAGCACAUCAAAAAGUUAUUUUUCCACAAUCAUGUGAGCUUUACUUCAUGACUGCAAGAAUGUUUCAUCAUGUGCAAGUCAAUUAAGUGUGAUUCACCAGUAAAGAUGAUUAAAAGCAAAAACUUAUUAUCACAGUAAAUGCAGAAAAAGCAUUCAAGAAAAUUCAAUAUUCAUUCAUAAAAAUAUUCUUAACAAACCAGAAAUUGAAGAAACGUACCUCAAAAUGAAAGCCAUUUAUGACAAAACUUUAUUCAACAUCAUAUUGAGCAGGCAAAAGCUGGAUGCAUUGUCAAUAAGAAGAAAAAUAAGACAAAAAUAUCCACUCUAAACCCUUAUUUAACAUAGUUCUGGAAGUCCUAGCCAGAGCAAUCCAACAAAAUAGUGAAAUAAAAGGCAUCCAAAUAGGAAAAUAAGUCAAAUUGUCUUCACAGAAGAUAUAAUUCUCUACCUGGAAAACUUCAAAGAUUUCCCCCAAAGAUUCUUAAGCCUAAAAAAUGACUUCAGCAAAUUCUCAAGGUACAAAAUCGACAUACCCAAACGAGUAACAUUUCUGUAUAACAGUAACAUUGAAAUCAAGAACACAGUUCUGUUUACAAUAGCCACAAUAAAAAAAAAUAUCUAGGACUACAUUAAAUCAAGGAGGUAAAAUAUCUCUACAAGGAGAACUACAAUACACUGCUGAAAGAUAUCAGAAAAUACAAAUAAAUGGAAAAGCAUUCCAUGCUCAUGGAUUUUGAAAACUCAAUAUAAUUUAAAUGUCCUAAAGCAACCUACAGAUUAAAUGCUAUCUCUAUCAAACUAUCAAUGCCAUUUUUUAUAAAUUCAAUAAAACUAUUAUAAAAUUUAUAUUUAUAACAAAAAAGCCUACAUAGCUAAAGCAACAUUAAAAGGAAUAAACCUGGAGGUGUCACAUUACCUGACUUCAAACUUUACUACAAGUUACAAUAACCAAUAUAACCUAGUUCUGGUACAAAAAUAUACAUAUAGACAGAUGAGAGAUAUCUGAAAUAAAGCUACACUCCUGCAACCAACUUAUUUUUGACAAAGUUAACAGAAAUAAAAAGGAAAUAAAUCCCCUGGGAAAACUGGUUAGUCAUAUGCAGAAGAAAACUGGACCCUUACCUCUCAUUAUAUAAAAAAAAAACAAGAUAGAUUAAAGACUCAACUGUGAGACUUCUAGCUAUAUAAAUGCUGAAAAAACACUUGGUACUCUAGACACUAGAAAUAAUUUAUAACUAACACUAUAAAAUGAAUGCAACAAAAAUAAAAAUAGAAAAUUGGCACCUACUUAAACUAAAGAACUGCAUAGCAAAAGAAGCUAUUGACAAAGUAAAGAGACAUCCUACAGUAUAAAAUAUUUGCAAAUUGCAAACAACAAAGAAUUAAUAAAUGCUAUCUAUCAGAAUUUAUUAAAAAACAAAUAAUAUGAAUAGACCUUUUUAAAAGAAAGACAUAAAAUCUGCCAAUAAACAAGUAAACAAUGCUCAACAUUCCUAGUCAUCAGAGAAAUGCAAAUCAAAAUGACAAUGUGAUACCAUCUCACACCAGUUAGAAUGACAUAUUAAAAGUUAAAAACUGACAAAUGUAAAAGUUGUGGAAAAAAGGGAAUCUUUAUAUACCGUUGGUGGAAAUGCAAAUUAAUUCAGCCCCUGUGGAACACAGUUUGGAGAUUUCUCAAAGAACUACAAAUAGAAUUGCCAUUUGACCCAUCAAUACAAUUACUGAGUAUAUAUCCAAAAUAAAUUAUUUGACACAAAAGUCCUGCACUCACAUGUUUACUGCAGCACUAUUCAUGAUAGCAAAGACACAGAAUUAAACCAGGUACCUUUGAAUCUUAGAUCCAUGUUGCUGCAAGGAACAUUUUUUUUUUUUGUGGCUGCAUAGUAUUGCAUGGUGUAUAAGUACCUCAAAUACCACCUGUUCUCACUUAUAAGUGGGUGCUAAACAUUGGACAAAUACAGAAACAAAGAUGGAAAUAAUAAACACUGGAAGUUUUUUUUUUUAAAGGAAAGCAUUGAAAAACUACUUAUCAGGUAUGAUGUACACUACUUCGGCAAUUUUUAGUAAGUGCCCAAACCUUAACAUCUUGCAGUAUACGUAUGUUACAAA